ACUGGAAAUAUAAAAAUUAAGCAAAUAAUGGACAAAAAUAAAGAUUAUUAAAUAAAGAAAAACAAAGAAAAAAACGUUUGAUGGUCAAGAUUAUCAAAAUUAAGAAGAAUUUAUUAAAAAUAUUGCUUUCAUCAAACUCUAUUGAAAAAAAACAAGAUAAGAUAAACUACAUACAAAGUAAUAAAUAAUCAAUAAUCACGAGGAUAUAUUUAUUAAAUAUAAAAAUAUAUAAGCUAUAUUUUAAUAGCCUCUUAGAAAUUAUAUCGAAUUUUGCUGAAUUAAUAAUCUGUGCUAUAUAAAAAUGUCAAAAUUACCAGCAAAUAAAAGUGAAGAAAUUAGAAGUUGGUUAAAUUCAAUAGAUGCAGCAGAUAUUGAACUUAGUGAUAUAGAAGAAUCAUGUCCAAGUAUUGUCGAUUCAAGCAUAAUAGACUCAUCAAGUUCUUCUGAAUCCGGUGAAGAAGUAGCGUUGGGUGUGAGGGCAAAUAAUACUCAAAUUGAUGAAUACAACCGCAAUAUAUUACCACAAGUUCCUUCAGUCAGCUUUAACAAUGUUAAUGUUUCUAAUUCAACUAAUGUGUAUUUGGGAAAUAUAUACAGUGUAAAUGGAACUCUAAAUAUAAACGUGAUUAAUAGCGAAGAGAAGUCACAGGAGGAGGCUAAAGAAGAACCAACAACGAAAAAAUCAUCUGUAGUUAGACCUGCCUGUUUGAUUUUCCCUCGUUAUCGAUGGUUGGCUAUGGAUCCACUUAGUGAAUCCAACAAAGUUCCAGAACCUGUACAAUUUGUAGCAAUUGGCUACACCGCCACUACUAGUUCUACGGUACAAGCUAGAAAUAUAGGCAUAAUACGGGAUUAUCAGGGAUUUAAUGAUAUAAUUUAUAACUUUUUUAUCGGCUGUGAUGGUAUUGUAUACGAAGGACGUGGCUGGGGCGUGGAAGGAGAGCACACCGUGGGUUAUAAUCACAAAUCUAUAGGAAUCGCAUUUGUUGGUAAUUUUAAACGUGAGCUGCCACCUGAGAGAGUAUUGAAAGCUUGUCGAAAUUUAAUUACACGCGGUAUUACUGAAGGACAUCUGUCGAAAGACUAUAAACUAUUUACCACACCUAUUUCUAGUGAUAAUUUAUUAAAUGAAGAAUUUAAAAAAUGGGAUAAUUUUUGGGACAUACAAAAUUGCAAUGAAAGUUGAAAACAUAUGUGUCUAUUAAGGAGAAUUCAUUCGACUAUUUAAAAGAAUAUUAUUAUAUUCCAAAGAAAAUGGGGCUAGAAUUUAAACUCAGACAAAUAUGUAAAUGCAUUUAGGUUUGGUUUGAAUUACAAAGUGAACCCACAAUAGAAAGAUGAAAUGUGGCUGUUUGUAAAUAUAGGUAUUAUGUAUAUUUAAUGGCAAUUAUGUAUGUAUAAAAUACAAAUUUGAAGUGGAUAAGAAACUACUUUUAUAAAUACAUUUUUGUUGGUGAUAGCUAACUUUUUAAAAUACAUUUUGUACGAGAAUUAAUAUUAAAAUAGAUUGAAAUAAAUUUAUUCAAAUAUUUGAAUGAA